AUGUCACACGAUAUCAGAGCUACCUCUGACAAUAGCGUCAAUUUCAAAAAGGAGAUGCCUCAUGUGAUUGAGCCCGACCAAUCUGAGGGCGAGAUCAUCGGGAAAGUUCUUCUGCAAGAAGACCAUGAGCGAGCCAUUCAAGGAGACCAGCAUUUCCAUCGUCUUGGAUGGAAACGCCUCACAAUUGUGCUCAUUGUCCAAUCAAUUGCAUUGGGCAGCUUGAGUCUCCCUGCGGCAUUCGCAACACUGGGAAUGGUCGCAGGAAUCAUCUUGACAAUUGGGCUGGGAGUCAUUGCGAUUUAUGCCAGUUAUAUCAUCGGUCUUGUGAAGCUGAAAUAUCCCCACUUACCUCAUUAUGUUGACUUUGGCCGUCUUUUAAUGGGUGGUGUUGGCGACAAGAUCUUCGCUGUCGGCUUUGUUGCCCUUUUGACCUUGACAGUGGGAUCGCAUUGUUUGACCGGCAAACUUGCACUUGCUACCAUUACCGAGAGUAAUGUUUGCACCCUCGUUUUCAGUGUUGUCUCAGGAAUCAUACUCUUCGCCUUUGCCGUUCCUCCUUCCUUCGCCGAAAUCUCAAUCUUGGGGUACAUCGACUUUGCUUCCAUUAUAGUGGCAAUUGGGAUCAGCGUCAUCGCAACUGGUGUUCAAAGCCACGAGUCAACAAGUGUUUCAUCGCCAUGGUCGGCAUGGCCUAAGGAGAACUUGACGUUUAGCGAGGCUUUUGUGGCUAUCUCAAAUAUCGCUUUCGCCUACGCAUUUUCCUGUGCCCAGCCAUCUUUCAUGGACGAGAUGCACACUCCGAAAGACUUUACGAAAUCCAUAAUGACAUUGGCAACCACACAGAUGACGAUAUAUACUCUUACAGGGUCACUCAUAUACGCAUUUGUUGGACAAGAUGUUCAGUCACCGGCCCUUCUAUCUGCCGGUCCCCUUCUUGCGAAGGUCGCCUUCGGAGUGGCAUUGCCUGUCAUUUUUAUCUCUGGCUCCAUCAAUGCAACCGUUGCCUGUCGCUUCAUUCAUGGGCGUAUAUAUCAGGACUCGAUUAUUCGCUAUGUCAAUACUACCAAAGGAUGGGUGACUUGGUUGACGGUCGUGGCCUUGAUCAAUAUUCUCGCCUGGAUCAUUGCCGAGGCAAUUCCCUUCUUCUCGGAACUGCUCUCGAUCUGCGGCGCGUUACUCGUAUCUGGUUUCUCGAUCUAUCUACCACCUAUCCUAUGGUUUUUUCUACUCAGAGAAGGCUCUUGGUCUGAAAAACAGAACAUUCGCCAUGGUAUCUUGAACCUGAUUGUGUUCAUUGUCGGAAUCACCAUUCUCGGGUGCGGAAUGUACGCAAGUGUAACAGAGGUGGUGAGUUCUUCUUCUCCUUGUGGAGGCCCCGUAUUCCGAAGCUAA